AUGGAUCGUAGGUGGAUUCACAUACUUGAUAAGUUAUCACCAGAAUACGCUGCUGGUAUAAACAAUUUCAUAAGUGUUGCAAGUGAGUUCAGAAACUCUAGUGGAAUGGUAUUAUGCCCGUGUCGGCGAUGCAUGAAUAAACAAUCACAAUCUUUGAAUGUGGUCAAGUUACACUUGCUCACUCAUGGAUUUCUUAGUACUUAUACUACUUGGAUCCACCAUGGUGAGGAAAUAGAGGGUGUUGAAGAUAAAGUGCUAGCCGAUGUUGAGGAUGCUGAAGCAACCGAUGAUUUGUCUGCAGGCUUACAAUAUGCUUUUGGUGGUCCAUAUUUUGAUAUCGGUCCAACGAGUGAUUUCAUUGACAAUGAAUUCCCUUGCAAUUCUAAUGACAAGUAUGAUGCCUUGUUAGAUUCUGUUCAUAAUCCUUUGUAUGAGAAUUGUACAAAGUUUUCUGUCCUAAGUGCUGUCGUAAAGUUAAUGAAUUUAAAAGUGAUUAACAAAUGGACAGAUAAAGGCUUUGAUGACCUUUUGAAGUGUCUUAAAGAAAUGUUACCCGAUGGUAAUCAUUGCCCGAUAAGUUAUUAUCAAACGAGGAGGCUUCUAUCUGAAGUUGGCUUGGGGUACGAGCAAAUUGACGUGUGCCAAUAUGAUUGUGCAUUGUUUUAUGGUGAGAAUGCAAAUGCUACAAUGUGUCGUAUAUGCAAAUCUAGUCGUUAUGUGCGAUAUAAAAUUCCACAUAAACGACUUAGAUGGUUUCCAAUCAAGGCUCGACUGAAACGCUUGUUUAGCUCAAAGCAUACUGCCAAGGUUAUGUGA